AUGUCAGGCUCGGGCAGGAAGGACUUUGACGUGAAGCACAUCUUGCGCCUUCGUUGGAAACUAUUCAGCCACCCAUCGGCGCCGGCCGGGCCGGUGGGGGGCGGCUGCUUGCAGCCGGACGGCAGCUUCGAGCACUGGGGCCCGAGCCAGAGCCGCCUGCUGAAGAACCAGGAGAGGGGCAGCAGCGCCUUCUGGAAGAAAUCCUCUUCCUCCAGCCCGCUGAACGGGACCCUGCUGCCCGCCACCAGGCAUGGGCUGGGCCAGCGGCCGUCGCCCAGGACCGUCUUCUACGUGGAGACCCUGGAGGAGGAGGAGGAGGUGCGCGGCGGGCUGGAGCUUACCCGAGAGCAGGAGAAGUCGCUGGUGCUGCAGGAGAUGAAGGAGGAGCCGGCGGACUGUUCGGACUGCAGCAGCCAAGCAACAGGUGAAGGAUGUGGACACAGGUUGUCAGCAGCAAGCCAUCCCCUGACACCUCAAUGUGAUAUGGACUCCAGUAGCUCUGAGGAGUUCUAUCAGGCAGUGCACCAUGCUGAACAAACUUUCAGAAAGAUGGAAAGCUACUUGAAGCAACAGCAACUCUGUGAUGUUAUCCUGAUUGCUGGGAACCGUAGGAUACCUGCACAUAGGCUUGUUCUCAGUUCUGUCUCUGACUACUUUGCUGCCAUGUUUACAAGUGAUGUUUGUGAGGCCAAGCAAGAGGAGAUCAAAAUGGAAGGAAUAGACCCUAAUGCGCUGUGGGAUCUUGUUCAGUUUGCAUACACAGGUUGCUUGGAAUUGAAGGAGGACACCAUUGAAAACCUUCUGGCAGCUGCCUGCCUCCUUCAACUCCCACAAGUAGUAGAGGUUUGCUGCCAUUUUCUAAUGAAGCUUUUACAUCCAUCCAACUGUUUGGGAAUACGAGCAUUUGCUGAUGCACAAGGGUGCACAGAUCUUAUGAAGGUGGCUCACAGCUACACCAUGGAGAACAUAAUGGAAGUUAUUAGAAAUCAAGAGUUUUUACUACUGCCGGCUGAGGAACUACAUAAACUUCUUGCCAGUGAUGAUGUGAAUGUUCCUGAUGAAGAGACUAUUUUCCAUGCCUUAAUGAUGUGGGUUAAAUAUGACGUGCCAAGAAGAUGUAGUGACCUCAGUAUGCUGCUUGCCUAUAUCAGAUUACCACUGCUUCCACCACAGAUAUUGGCUGACCUAGAAAAUCAUGCACUUUUUAAGGAUGACUUGGAAUGUCAGAAGCUAAUUCUGGAAGCUAUGAAAUACCAUCUUUUACCAGAAAGAAGAACUCUGAUGCAAAGUCCAAGGACUAAACCUAGAAAAUCUACAGUCGGAACAUUGUAUGCUGUUGGAGGAAUGGACAACAACAAAGGUGCUACAACUAUAGAGAAGUAUGAUCUCAGGACAAAUAUAUGGAUCCAGGCUGGAGUGAUGAAUGGCAGGAGGCUGCAGUUUGGUGUGGCUGUCAUUGAUGACAAACUCUUUGUUAUUGGAGGCCGGGAUGGUUUAAAGACAUUAAACACUGUUGAAUGUUACAAUCCAAAAACCAAGGCUUGGACUGUCUUACCCCCAAUGUCAACACAUAGACAUGGUUUAGGUGUUACAGUACUUGAAGGGCCUAUUUAUGCAGUGGGUGGCCAUGAUGGCUGGAGCUAUUUGAACACGGUUGAGAGGUGGGAUCCACAAAGUCAGCAGUGGACAUUUGUGGCAAGUAUGUCAAUUGCCAGAAGCACUGUUGGAGUGGCAGCAUUAAAUGGCAAGUUAUAUUCAGUGGGAGGUCGUGAUGGAAGUUCUUGUUUGAGUUCAAUGGAGUAUUAUGAUCCUCACACAAAUAAAUGGAAUAUGUGUGCUCCGAUGUGUAAGAGAAGAGGAGGUGUAGGUGUGGCCACAUGUGAUGGCUUUCUCUAUGCAGUUGGAGGCCAUGAUGCUCCUGCUUCUAACCACUGUUCCCGACUGCUGGACUAUGUAGAAAGAUAUGAUCCAAAAACUGAUACUUGGACAAUGGUGGCUCCAUUGAGUAUGCCUCGAGAUGCAGUUGGUGUCUGUCUUCUUGGUGAUAAAUUAUAUGCAGUGGGUGGAUAUGAUGGCCAGACAUACCUGAACACUAUGGAAUCAUAUGACCCUCAAACUAAUGAAUGGACGCUGAUGGCUUCCCUAAAUAUUGGAAGAGCUGGUGCCUGCAUCGUAGUCAUCAAGCAACCGUGACUUUGUCAGCACUGCUUUGGAUUUUACUGACUGUGAAAUGUUUAUUUUUC